AUGCCAGUUGUGCUAGAAGACUACCAGAAAAACUUUCUGGAUUUGGCGCUGGAAAGCCAGGCCCUCAGGUUUGGAUCUUUCACUUUGAAGUCCGGCCGUCAAUCGCCAUAUUUCUUCAACCUUGGCCAAUUCAACACCGGGAAACUUUUGUCGAAUUUGGCCACAGCUUACGCUAUAGCCAUUAUUCAAUCGGACCUUAAAUUCGACGUUAUUUUCGGGCCAGCUUACAAGGGUAUCCCACUAGCAGCCAUUGUGUGUGUUAAACUCGCAGAAAUUGGUGGCACCAAAUUCCAAAACGUGCAAUACUCGUUCAACCGUAAAGAGGCCAAAACUCACGGUGAAGGUGGUAACAUCGUCGGUGCUCCUCUUCAGGACCAGCGCGUCUUGAUCAUUGACGAUGUGAUGACCGCGGGAACAGCCAUCAACGAAGCGUUUGGCAUUAUCGCUCAUAAUAACGGCAUUGUUGUAGGAACCAUCGUGUCUUUGGACAGACAAGAAGUUCUCAGUGUCGAUGCUAAAGAGCGUGUGAGUGCCACACAAGCUGUGUCUCAGAGAUACAACAUCCCGGUAUUGAGCAUUGUCACUUUUGCCAAUAUCAUCCAUUAUCUCGACGGUAAGAUUACCCCCGACGACAAACGCAACAUGGAGGACUAUUUGCAAACAUACGGUGUUUAA